GCCCUUUCAGCAGCACGAUCACACUUCAAAACUAAAUUGGACAGCACGCUGAAACCCGCUCCAGUUCGUUACAGCUUGUACCCCAAGAACUCUGUGCGAAGCAUGGAUGAGGACUUUGAUUUUGAGCAUCGCAGAGAGUUACGGAGACAAAAGCGAGAAGAGAUGCAGCGGGAGGCAGAGAAGAUGAACUCUCACGAUGAUGAUGAGGAAGCGGCCCGGGAGCGCCGGAGACGAGCCCGUCAGGAACACCUGCGCAAUAUGGAGAAUGAGGAGUCGAAUAACACUACAACAGAAACUAACACUACAGAGACGUCCUCCUUGAUCACUAGUUCGGCACCAGCUGAGGAUGAUGAUGAGCAGGCUCUCUUAGAGAGGAUUGCCAAAAGAGAAGAGCGGAGACAGAAAAGGAUGAAGGAAGCUUUGGAGAGACAGAAGGAACUUGAUCCCACCAUCACGGAUGAAACUGUCACCACUACCACAGAGGAUGAGCCAAGUGGUAGAAAUGGUGAACAAGAGUCCUCCCAAAAUGAUGUUUCUUCAGAAACCAACUCUUGGAAGGAAAGGGAAGAGAAAAAUGAGGAAGAAAAGAUAGAGGAAAGCAGUGUAGACGUUGAGGAGGCAAUCACAAAAAAGGAGGAUCCAGUGCCAGUCACAGCAGCAGAGGAACCCAAAGAAUCUCCUGAGAAGACUGAUGACCCAGAAGAGGAAGAUAGAUCACAAAGGUCCUACCUCAGAGAACAGAAAUCCACAGAGGAGAAACCCAAAGAACCAGCUGCACUGAAUGAGGUUGUAGAGGAAAAACCAAAACCUUCCUUUUUACGUGACAAACUGAAAGUGUCAACAAAGCCACAAGAUGUAGCUGACAGCGCCGCCAAAGCCAAGAAACCAGAGAAGACACUAAGUCCCACCAGCUUGCGUUCUCCUGACACAGAAAAGCAAGGUCCCAUCACCAAGCUGGAGGCAGAACGCAAGCUCCAAGAGCUGAAGCGCAGGCGGAAUGAGACAGACAGCGAGGUGCUGGAGAAGAUGAAGCAGAAGCAGCAAACUGCCGAGGCCGAGCUCGAGGAGCUGAAGAAGAAGAGGGAGGAAAGGAGGAAGAUUCUGGAGGAGGAAGAGAAGCAGAAGAAACAGCAGUUGGCAGAAAAGAAAGCCAAAGAGGAGGAAGAGAGGAGGAAGAUGAAGGGAGAGAUUGAGCGAAGGAGAGCAGAGGCAGCCGAGAAAAAAAAACAAACGGAGUCAUCGAAAGAAGGGAGCAAAGCACCAUUCAUCGCUCCGAAGGGUGCCUCCGCAAAGAUUGGAGAGAAAGCCGAAUUUCUGAACAAAUCUGCUCUAAAAAGUCCCGUUAAGACGUCACACACUCCAUUAGUUUGCAAGAUUGGAAACAGACUAGAGCAAUACACUUCUGCUGUUCAGACCAAAGAAGUGACCAAAUCACCCAAAUCUCCUGUGGAUGUACCUGUGGCUGAAGGCCUGCGGAGCAUCAAGAGUAUGUGGGAGAAGGGGAAUGUGGUCAAUCCCACCCCGAGUCCAGCAAGCCCCCCACCGGUCACCAAGGAAACAGCUGGCCUGAACAUCGGUGUGGCUGGUCGCAUUAACAGCUGGAAAGCCAAGACUCCAGAGCCCAAGCCUGCUGAACCCAAACCAGCUCCUGAACCAGAAAAACCACCUGCCAAAACAGAGCAAAAGCCAGCUGCGGUCACUAAACCACAUGGCCCACGGGAAACAAAGGGCUCCACACCUGCCAAGGUGUUCGCAGCCAAGAGUAAAUUCGUCACAAAUGGAACAAGAAAAUAAAGACAUCCGACGGAUCCCAGAUCAGCCAAAGUGGAAGAUGCAUCCAUUAAAUGUGCAUGAUUUUGCAACUUCAGGACACAGAUCUUACAUUGGAAAUCAAGCGACAACUUACAGAACAAAAUAAACAUUUUGUAAGUUUAAAAAGCCUUUAAAGUAAAACAUUUAAACUGACUAAAAUUACCAUGAAUGCACAAGACAAAUAAUACAUAUUAAAGUAUUAAAGGGAUAGUUCAC